AUGCAGCUGAGGCAGUACGACCACGUGCUCAGCCUCAGUGCAGGGGACACCCCGGGUGCCUUCCAUGUGCUGCAGUUCAUGGCCUUCUAUCAGGUUGAGCGGCAGUUCAUGGCCUUCUAUCAGGUUGAGCGGCAGUUCAUGGCCUUCUAUCAGGUAGGGCGGCACUUCAUGGCCUUCUAUCAGGUAGGGCGGCACUUCAUGGCCUUCUAUCAGGUAGGGCGGCACUUCAUGGCCUUCUAUCAGGUAGGGCGGCAGUUCAUGGCCUUGUAUCAGGUAGGGCGGCAGUUCAUGGCCUUGUAUCAGGUAGGGCGGCAGUUCAUGGCCUUCUAUCGGGUAGGGCGGCAGUUCAUGGCCUUCUAUCAGGUAGGGCGGCAGUUCAUGGCCUUCUAUCAGGUAGGGCGGCAGUUCAUGGCCUUCUAUCAGGUAGGGCGGCAGUUCAUGGCCUUCUAUCAGGUAGGGCGGCAGUUCAUGGCCUUCUAUCAGGUAGGGCGGCAGUUCAUGGCCUUCUAUCAGGUAGGGCGGCAGUUCAUGGCCUUCUAUCAGGUAGGGCGGCAGUUCAUGGCCUUCUAUCAGGUAGGGCGGCAGUUCAUGGCCUUCUAUCAGGUAGGGCGGCAGUUCAUGGCCUUCUAUCAGAGGGAGAUGGCGGCGUACACGGUGCUCAGCCUCGACGCCCCUUUCACCGCCUUCCACCUCGACCACCACCUUGACGUCAACUUCCGUGAGGCGUGGGUAAAGAAGCUCUCGCCGUGGACUCUCUUCCCCGCCUACCAGCCCAUCCGCCUCACCCAACCAAUCCUCUCGGCGGCCUCCCAAGCCUCGCUGCCGAGCCUGUCGAAGCAGGCGCUGGCUCUGAUUGGCGAGGCGGACAGCAUGGGGCAGCGCACGCAGUACCACGUGGACGGCUUCUUCCCCAACCGCCGCCAGGCAUGUUCCCUCCUUCCUUCCCAGUACCUCAUGUUGCUUAUCCCAUACCCUCAUGUCAUGCAUGGCAUGGUGCUUAUGGUGUGCUGGGAUGUGAUGGCAUGGCAUGGUGCUUAUGGUGUGCUGCAUGGCAUGGUGCUUAUGGUGUGCUGGGAUGUGAUGGCAUGGCAUGGUGCUUAUGGGCUACCCAUGCUUGACAUCAUGCAGCGAGUCGCAUCCACGUGGCAAGCCAUGGCCUCUGCCACGUCAUCACAGAACAACAGCGGAUCUCAUGAUGCCACGUCAUCACGUGAAGCCAUGUGCUCACCUGCCGCAGCGCUGGACAGUGAGGCCGCUGCACCUCCAGCCUCGCCUGACUCCCCCUCCCCCUCCAUGCCUCCCGCCUCACCCACUGCUCCUACUGCUGCCACUGCGCCUGACUCCGCUGUGGCUGGCAGCAGCCAGAAGGGAAGUAACAGCAAUAGAGGGAAGGGUGAGGAGGGCAGGCGGCGGAGGGGCAGAGGCGGCAACAGCAAGGGCAAAGGCAGGGGGCAAGGAGGCGAGGUGAUUGGGGGGUGGAGGGAGGUGUUUGACAGCAUCGUGCGGUGGAGGCAGAUUGCCGAGCCCACCGACACCGUUGCAUGGAUCGAUGCCCUCAAGAACGAGUUUGAGGGGGGGUUUGGGUCCAUCACAGCCAUGGCGGUGGGCCCCUCGCGCAACCUCAAGUACCACCCGCUCGCCCCCCGCGCCCUCGCCCUCCUGCGCUCCCACCUCCUACAAACCCGCCUCGCCGCCAACGCUGCUGGCUCGCCGCUCCCUCUGCCAACCAGCCGACUGCCCGAGGUGAGUGGUGCAGGUCAAGAGUCUCUGCAUGUGUGCCCCUCUCACUGCCUGUGUGCCCCUCUCACUGCCUGUGUGCCCCUCUCACUGCAUGUGUGCCCCUCUCACUGCCUGUGUGCCCCUCUCACUGCAUGUGUGCCCCUCUCACUGCCUGUGUGCCCCUCUCACUGCAUGUGUGCCCCUCUCACUGCCUGUGUGCCCCUCUCACUGCAUGUGUGCCCCUCUCACUGCCUGUGUGCCCCUCUCACUGCAUGUGUGCCCCUCUCACUGCCUGUGUGCCCCUCUCACUGCCUGUGUGCCCCUCUCACUGCAUGUGUGCCCCUCUCACUGCCUGUGUGCCCCUCUCACUGCCUGUGUGCCCCUCUCACUGCCUGUGUGCCCCUCUCACUGCAUGUGUGCCCCUCUCACUGCCUGUGUGCCCCUCUCACUGCCUGUGUGCCCCUCUCACUGCCUGUGUGCCCCUCUCACUGCCUGUGUGCCCCUCUCACUGCAUGUGUGCCCCUCUCACUGCCUGUGUGCCCCUCUCACUGCCUGUGUGCCCCUCUGUGCCCCUCUGUCUUUGGGCGUGCUGCCAUGGCGAGUGGGCGUGCUGCCAUGGCGAGUGGGCGUGCUGCCAUGGCGAGUGGGCGUGCUGCCAUGGCGAGUAGGCGUGCUGCCAUGGCGAGUGGGCGUGCUGCCAUGGCGAGUGGGCGUGCUGCCAUGGCGAGUGGGCGUGCUGCCCAGAGCAUGCUCACCAGCAGUCCACGUGCACGGAUCACUCGUCUCCUCGCUCCCGGUCAUCACCCGUCCUUCCCCACGUGUGCCACCCCGCUCUGCCUGCCGUGGGGUGUGCACAGAUCGAGAGGGCGGAGGGGGUGGGCGAGGUGCAUGCGGUGGUGGGGGAGAACUUCUUUGUCACCACCGAGUGCCACAGCCUCGCUUCCCCGGGGUGGGUGCCCUACAGCCCGCCUGCUUGCCUGCCUGCCUGCUUGCCUGCCCGCCUGCUUGCCUGCCCGCCUGCUUGCAUGCCCGCCUGCUUGCCUGCCCGCUUGCCCGCCUGCUUGCCUGCCUGCCCGCCUGCCUGCCUGCCCGCCCGCCUGCCUGCCUGCCCGCCUGCCUGCCUGCUUGCCCUGCAAGGCCUUGCAGGCUGUUGGGGGGUGGGUGGGUGAGGCGGUGAGGGGUUUAAGAGGGCGUGGUGCUCAACGGCACGCAGCUCACCGUCGUUCAGUCGUGAGUGCUGCCCCACGCCCCCCGCCUCUCCUCCCCACUCAUUCCCCUCCCCUCAUUCCCCUCCACUCGUUCCCUUCCACACUCAUUCCUCUCCACUCAUUCCUCUCCACUCAUUCCUCUCCACUCAUCCUCUCCACUCCACUGACCCACCACUCUCACUCAUCCGCAUGCCUCUCGCCUUGGGGGGCAGGGUUUGACUUUGCCAUCCGCACGCCCGUCACGCCGCCGCGCUGGAAGCACUUUGACGCCGAGCUCACUGCCGCGUGGCGGGACCUAUGUGCCGCCGUGUUGGACCGUGCCCUGGAGACAGCUGAUGCCGCCCGCUAUCGCCAACGCAUUCAGGAAAAUAUUCUGCGAAUUGGAUACUAUUGGUACCAGUUCAUGCCGUUGACGAGAGGCAGUGCCAUGGUGGGGCUCAUCGCCGUGCUCGGCCUCUCCAUGGCCGCCGGCAUGCUCACCACCGCCCCCAUUCCGCAUGGCAUGCAGGUCCCUGCUCUGCCCCUUUACUCUGCUCACCUCGCCUCGCAUUUCAGUUAUCUGGUGGACUGGGAGGCCAUCCUCGUGCCGCACUUUGCAGCCUUCAAUGCUUCGGUGGCGCCGUGGCUGUACGCGCCCGCCACCGUGCUCGCUGCACCCUCCCACCUGCCGCUCGUGGCCCACGUGCUGCCCUCCACACGCCAUGUCAUCGCUGCUCUCAACCACCAAGGCUGA